AUCCCAAAAAUCGAAUAAACAUUUACAAAUUUAUUUCUUUAAAUGCCAAAUUGGCAAAUACACAGACCCAAGUGGUGCCAAGUGUUGAGAUAUUUAUAUUUCCAUUAAAUGCGAUAGCAAUGUACCAAUCAACUACAACCAAUACCAAGUUCCAUUAUAUCAUCACCUCCAUAAGGCCCUGUAGAAGAUAACACUGCCCUCUCCUCCGCCAUGACCAUGAAGAAAAACCACCACUUCCUCCUCCUAUCUUUCCCUGUUUUUGGCCAUAUAAACCCUUCUCUUCAACUCGCCCACCGUCUCAUAUCCCUCGGCGCCCACGUCACCUUUGCCACCACCGUCGCUGCCGCCCGCCGCCUCGACAAAACCCUCCCCAUCUUCACCACCCAAGGCUUCUCGUUCGCCACUUUCUCCGACGGCUUCGAUGACGACACCCUCAAGUUGAGCGCCGACUUCACCCACUACUUUUCUGAGCUCACCCGCUGCGGCUCCCACUCUCUCAUCAAUCUCAUCACCUCUUCCGGAGACCGCGGCCGUCCGAUCACUUUCCUCAUCUACAGCCUCCUCCUCAACUGGGCGGCCGAUGUUGCUUCCACAUUUGACAUUCCCUCCGCUCUCCUUUUCGUUCAGCCCGCCACGCUUCUAGCUUUGUACUAUUACUACUUCGUUGAUGGUUAUGAAGAUACCAUCUCUACCAAAUUACUCCAACAAGACCCGUUCUUUUCUCUACAAUUACCAGGUUUGCCAUUGCUCGUUGGUCGAGAAAUACCCUCUUUCUUGUCUCCUUCCGAUCGUAGCGCUUUUCUUCUCCCUCUAAUGAGACAGCAGUUUCAAUUUCUUGCCCGACCGAGUCGGGCAAGAGUACUGGUGAACACGUUCCAGGCGUUGGAAGGAGAGGCCUUGGGAGCCAUUGAUGAUAAGUUGAAAAUGGUGCCAAUUGGACCCUUGAUUCCAUCUGACGAACUUUGUCGUUCUCCAGUCACGUCGGAGGAGGAUUAUAUCCAAUGGUUGAACUCCAAGUCGGAGUCGUCGGUGAUUUACAUAUCUUUUGGGUCUAUUUGCGUGUUGUCUGAUCAACAAGAGGAAGAAAUUGUUGGUGCUUUGUUGGAGAGUGGGCACACGUUCUUGUGGGUAAUAAGAUCUAAGGAGAAUGAAGAUCAAGAGGAUGAGGAGGAGAAGAGGAUUAAGAAAUUUGGGGGGAAAGGGAAGAUUGUGAGGUGGUGCGAUCAAGUUCGAGUCUUGAGCCACCCUUCGUUGGGUUGUUUUGUGACGCACUGUGGUUGGAACUCGACUUUAGAAAGCUUGGUUUGUGGGGUGCCGAUGGUUGGUUUUCCACAGCAGGUGGAUCAGGCCACGAAUGCAAAGCUUGUGGAGGAUGUGUGGAGGACAGGGGUGAGGGUGAAACCCAAUGCAGAAGGAAUUGUGGAGAGGGGAGAAAUUGGGCGUUGUUUGGAUAUUGUGACGGGGGAUACAGAUGUAAAAAAGAGAGAAGAAAUAGAGAGAAAUGUCAAAAAGUGGAAAAAAUUGGCUAGAGAGGCUAUUGGGGAAGGUGGGUCUUCAUAUUUGAAUCUUGAGUCUUUUGUUAGGGAGAUUGAUGAAGAUAGCUGUUAAUUUUGUGAGGCCUCUUUUUAACUUAUAUUGGUGAAUAAAUUCUUUUUAAGUGAA